AUGUCUGAAAGAGUUAAAGUAGCAGUUCGACUUCGUCCUUUAAUUGAAGAGGAAUUAAUUUGUAAAGAUAAAUCCAUUUGUGUUGAAACUAUUGAUCCAAAUAAAAAACUAAUCAUCAGUACAUAUUUCCAAAUAUAAUUAGUUAAAAAGGAUUUUGAGAAAAGAUAAUUUCAAUUUGACUCUGUAUUUGAUUCAAAAGCAACAUAAAAUUAAGUUUAUAAUGAUAUUGCAAGAGGAGUUGUUGGAGUAAACUUAUAAUCUAUAAUAAAUUUAGAGUGUAAUCAAAGGCUUUAAUGGUACUAUAUUUUGUUAUGGUUAAACUGGAACAGGUAAAACAUAUACAAUGAUGGGUAAACUUGAUUCUGAUGAAAAGGGAAUCACUCCUCGAACUUUUGAAUAAAUAUUUAAUGAAAUUCAAGCAGACACUAAUAACAUAUACACUGUGUAAUUGGGUUAUUUAUAAAUAUAUAUGGAGAUGGUAUUGUUUAGAUAAUAAAUUUAGUUACUUGAUUUAAUAAGACCUGAUAAUUAAGAUGUGAAAAUAAGAGAAUGUCCAGAUAAUGGUGUAUUUGUAUCAGGAUUAGAAUGGAUGGAAGUUGAAUCUCCUUAAGAAUGUCUAAGUAUUAUGAAUUUUGCAGAAAAAAAUAAAGUAGUUGCAUUCACUAAUUUAAAUGCUCAUUCAUCUAGAUCUCAUUCUAUGCUUGUAAUCAAAGUAGAGAAGAGAUAAUCUAAAUAACAUUCAAGAUCUAUGACUAUUUCAAAAAAACCAAGUUCCAAAUUAUAAAAUUAUUC